UUCUCUACUAUCCCUCAUUGUGGAGCCCUGGACGGAGAUGUCUAUAUCCGUAUUUCUUACAAUAAAGUAGUUCAAAGAAAAAAUUCAGAUUAUUAAUAUUUAUUUAUUCAAUCAAUUAAUCUUCAGUUUGUGCUUAGAAAAUCACAAAACUGAGAUUUAUUCUUCAAAAAGUAACGUACAGUAUCAUACCUCAAAACUCGAUUUUAAUUCAUAGCCAUAGUAUUGUAUACUUUAGUAGCACAUCAAGACUUCCCCAUAUAUAACAAGUAUAAAACUCCGUGCAUAUUGCGUUUCUGCUGAUUAAUCAAUUUGAAAACAACAAAUGGAAAGGUGGCUGCCGGAGAGGAAAAGCGGUUUUGCUUCUGGGUUUUUUUUUCCUGGGUGGAAAGGAACGGCCCACAGGAAAAGGUGACAGAGUAACGCCCCCAUUGGAGAAAGCCCCUGCUUUUUACUUUCAAAAGAAAACCAUCCAUUGUUUUCAUCGUCAACUAACACUGAUUUAAUAUAUAAAAAAAGUUUUACCUGCCAACAAAUCCUCGUUAAUCAAUGAAUUAAAAUCAACAGUCUGGAAGAGGAAGGUGCAGUAGUAGUUACUGGUUAGUGUCCGCCACCCGCAGCAGCUAGCUAGCAGCUGGUCUUCAAUCUUAAUCUAAAUCUAAAUCCUCCAUUGGGCUGGUUUUGUUGCAGUAUAAAAAGGAGCACCGGCCGAUAGCUUUACUCCAUCAUCCCGUCAUUCAUCUCUUCUCUCAUACAUCCAUUCCCUUCUCUGCGUUUCUCUCGUCCUCUGUUUUCUCUCUGUUUGAGCUUUUUGAGUUGCAUGCUGCAUUCUUCUGCAGUUCUCUGUGAGCAUUGAAUCAAUCAAUCCCAUCCACCUGCAGGUAAUAAUAAACAAUCCCUUCAACCCUCUGUCUCUCUGUCUUAUUGCUAGCUCUAUGCUCUGCUUUGUUUCGGGGCGGUUUGGAUGGUACGCGGCUGACCACCAAAAAAAAGACGAGAAGGGAUCAGGUCGAAUCACUCGAUUUGACCACCGUCAAGAAAAGAACGAGGAGGAUCGGAAGGAGAGGUUGUGAUUUUAUGAUGUGUUCCUACCUGCAUUGACGAGCACGCACAACACAUAGAAGUUCCCCAUCACUCUCUUCCUUCUCUUUAAAAUUUAUUUCACCCAAAUGUGCUAAUUUCUCUGCAUUCUUAAUUAAUAGUAUUAUUAUCAAAUUAAUAGGGAAGAUUUUCGGCGCAGAUUCUCGACCUGCAAAACCUACAAAACGUCGUAUUUUUAUUAUAUGCUAGAGGGACACCUGCAUGGACGAGAAAGAGAAGGGAAAUUGAGAGUUGUUGGCUUUGCUUGGUGUUCACGCCCAAAAAAGCUUUUUCUCUUUCAACCAUGAAUGUUAGCUUAGUGGGGGUUUUUCUUCUUUCACAAGAAUAUAUUAGCUAGUGAUUGACAGAUAAAGAAGAAAGGAUUUUAUAUUAAUUGAUUAAUAUUAUAUAACCAUAGAAACAUUUAUUCACACUAUCAUAAUCAUCAUUAUCUAUCACACUAACAAUAUUUUAAGUAAUUUCUCCCCCGGAAAUCACUCCCACUGCACAGUGUCUGGUUUAGAACGGAAGGUCCCAUUUUUAACGUUUAACCAACCAGGGAAGAAAACUAAGACAGGUUAGUUAGUCGAAAGGAAUUGGAUAAACCCCUGCAUUUGAUUUGAUCCAAUUUUUAACCCUGGUUAAUUUUGGGUCCUCUGUUUUCUUCGGCUAUAAAUAAAUGGCCGCACUGCCCUCUUCCCAUUUGUAUCAUCGUCGUGCACCUGAUUCAUUUUCCUUCCAAUCCCAUCCCUCCACCUUCGAUAUUUUUCAUUGGUUUCUGGGUUUCGUCCGUUUCGUUGGUGGGUAGGUGGAGCUCUCUGUUCUUUUCCUUCCCCUAGUUUCUGCAUACUGAUGUGCUUUCUUUCUUUACUCUGUUUCUCUGUUUCCCCAGCUAUAGCUAAGACUCAACCAACAAAGCACUCUCUUUACUCUGAUUUCUCUCCCUCGUGGGUUCCGUCCAUUCCCGUCUGGUAAGCUCUCCUUUCUCCUUGUUUUCUGCCACCCGCCAUUUUUGGCCAUCUGGGUUUUUCUUUAAAUGAAAUUAAGGGGUUUCUGGUGUAAGUUGAUUGUCUUUUUUACCAUGCAAGCAAGCAAGAAGCAGAAGCAAACUUGACUAGGACUAGUAGCCCAUUUUCCAGAAGCUGAUUCUGGUCUAAAGAACCCUACUUUUCUCGGCUUCACAGCUUGACUUUCCACGCCUAGAAUAAAUUUCUUUCCCUCUGUUAUCGUCUUUAUCUUCUUCUUCUUCUUCUUCUUCUACUCAGCUAAUCUUAAUCUAGUCUAAUGAAAAAGGUCGGUUCUUUUGGUGAAGUGAGGUUUGAAUUUUUGCUCUUUUUUCUUCUUCUUCUGUUUCUCUGUUUUUUCAACACCGUGAUCUCAUUAAUGGCUGUGCUGUCCAUAUAAUGACGUUUGACUCUCCGGUGAUUCGUCCACCUCUCUGUUCUUCUAUCUACCAAACAACCCCCACAAGCCUUAUUUAAAUCUGUUGCUUCUUUCUCCUAUCCAUCCUCUCCCAUUUAACUUGGUGUGCUCUGUUUUCCCCCCUCUUUCGUUUGAAGGUCCCGUCUGAAGAGAAGCCAUGGCUGCUAAUGGCGUGAUCACUCGCAUCAACAGCAUGAGGGAGCGCUUCGAUGGCACCCUCGCCGGAAACCGUAACGAGCUCGUCUCUUUGCUCUCCAGGAUCGAGGCAAAGGGAAAGGGGAUCCUGCAGCACCACCAAAUCAUUGCGGAAUUCGAAGCCAUCCCGGAGAAAGACCAGAAGGUUCUCCAGGAAGGCGUGUUCGCCGAUGUUCUGAAAUCGGCGCAGGAAGCGAUCGUGUUGCCUCCGUGGGUAGCUCUGGCUGUGCGCCCCAGGCCCGGCGUCUGGGAGUACUUUCGGGUCAAUCUCCAUGCUCUGGUCGUCGAGGAGCUCACUGUCCCCGAGUACCUCCACUUCAAGGAAGAGCUCGUAGAUGGAACCUCUAAUGGAAAUUUUACUCUGGAGCUGGACUUCGAGCCAUUCAACGCCUCGUUCCCUCGCUCGAGCCUCUCCAAAUCCAUCGGCAACGGCGUCGAGUUCCUCAAUCGUCACUUGUCCGCCAAGCUCUUCCAUGACAAGGAGAGCAUGCACCCUCUCCUUGAGUUCCUCAAGGUUCACUGCCACAAGGGAAAGAACAUGAUGCUGAACGACAGGAUUCACAAUUUCAAUUCUCUGCAAUAUGUGCUGCGCAAGGCAGAGGAGUACCUGAUCACGCUACCGGUCGAGACGCCUUACUCGACAUUCGAGCACAAGUUCCAGGACAUGGGGCUGGAGAGAGGGUGGGGCUCUACCGCGGAGCGUGCCUUGGAGAUGAUCCAGCUGUUGCUGGACCUGCUGGAGGCGCCCGAUCCUUGCACGCUCGAGACUUUCCUCAGCAGAAUCCCGAUGGUGUUCAAUGUCGUCAUCAUGUCUCCUCACGGUUACUUCGCUCAGGACAAUGUGCUUGGCUACCCCGACACAGGCGGCCAGGUUGUGUACAUAUUGGAUCAAGUUCGUGCUUUGGAAGAGGAAAUGCUGAUGCGUAUCAAGCAGCAAGGCCUCGACAUCACCCCUCGUAUCCUCAUUAUCACUCGUCUCCUUCCUGAUGCGGUUGGAACCACUUGUGGGCAGCGGAUGGAGAAAGUGUAUGGAACUCAGUAUUCAGAUAUUCUCCGAAUUCCAUUUAGGACCGAAAAGGGAAUUGUUCGCAAAUGGAUCUCUAGAUUUGAAGUGUGGCCAUACCUAGAGACGUUCACUGAGGAUGUUGCUACUGAAAUUGGCAAGGAGUUCCAAGGGAAGCCUGAUCUCAUCAUCGGGAACUACAGCGAUGGAAACAUCGUGGCCACAUUGCUAUCGCAUAAGCUGGGUGUUACCGAGUGUACAAUUGCUCAUGCUCUGGAGAAAACUAAGUAUCCAGAGUCAGAUAUCUACUGGAAGAAGAUGGACGAGAAGUACCACUUCUCUUGCCAGUUCACCGCUGAUCUUAUCGCCAUGAACCAUGCCGAUUUCAUCAUCACUAGCACAUACCAAGAGAUUGCUGGAAGCAAGGACACCGUGGGACAGUAUGAAAGCCACACCUCCUUCACCUUACCAGGGCUCUACCGUGUUGUUCACGGUAUCAACGUCUUCGACCCCAAAUUCAACAUUGUUUCCCCUGGAGCUGACAUGAGCAUCUACUUCUCCUACGUCGAGGAGAAGCGCAGGCUCAAGCAUUUCCAUCCCGAUAUCCAGGAGCUUCUCUACAGUGACGUGGAGAACAAGGAACACUUGGGGGUGCUCAAGGAUAAGAACAAGCCGAUCAUCUUCACAAUGGCUAGGCUAGACAGGGUCAAGAACUUGACCGGCCUGGUCGAGUGGUACGGCAAGAACAGCAAGCUCCGCGAGCUGGUGAACCUCGUGAUCGUGGGUGGAGACAGGAGGAAGGAGUCCAAGGAUCUGGAAGAGCAAGCCGAGAUGAAGAAGAUGUACAGCUUGAUCGAGGAGUACAAGCUGCAGGGCCAGUUCAGGUGGAUCUCUUCCCAGAUGGACAGGGUGAGGAACGGUGAGCUGUACCGUUGCAUAGCAGACACGAAAGGCGCGUUCGUGCAGCCAGCGCUGUAUGAAGCGUUUGGUCUCACCGUCGUUGAAGCCAUGACUUGUGGGUUGCCUACCUUUGCCACCAACAACGGUGGGCCGGCUGAGAUCAUCGUCCAUGGCAAGUCUGGGUUCCACAUUGAUCCCUACCAUGGUGAUCAAGCUGCUGAGCUUCUGGUGAACUUCUUUGAGAAGUGCAAGACUGAUCCGGCCCACUGGGACGAGAUCUCGCUGGGUGGCCUCCAGCGUAUUCAAGAGAAGUAUACUUGGCAGAUAUACUCGCAGAGGCUGCUGACACUCACUGCAGUGUAUGGUUUCUGGAAGCAUGUCUCGAACCUGGAUCGCCAGGAGAGCCGACGCUAUAUCGAGAUGUUUUACGCCCUCAAGUACCGUAAACUGGCUGAAGCUGUGCCAUUGACGGAGGAGUAAGGUGGUUGGCCGGAAACGGGAACAAAGGAAAGGUCUUUGAAUUGGCUGGAAGAGGGCUGUGGUUGAUGCAGGGGACUGUUCUUGGUGAUGAGUGAAUAAUGGUGACUGUCAUGGUUUGACAAAAGCUCUUUGUUUCUUUUGGGCAAUUUGUAAUUUGUCGCUUUUUUCAUUCCGCAUUUUCUGUUGGUAUUGUAUCUGUUUUUUCCCAUUCCCGGCAUUGUUUUGGAUGGAAAACUUGAGCCCAAUGAGAAAGUUGCAGUGAAUUUGAAUUGUGUUAAUCCAAUCUGCAGCCAUCGAUCUCACCGUAUCCAUAUUCCAAUUGCAAUCUUUCUCAUAUUAGAUCCGUGGUUAGUAAAAUGCAGUAUUGAGUAUACUACGAUAUUACAUCCAGAGUUGGGAUCGUCGUUUUCAUCUAGAUAAUAAUUUAAAAGUUCAGCAUCAAUUACAAAAUAUCAGAAGUUUGUAAUUGAAUAUAGAUAUAGAAGAUUU